UAUUGUCCACACUGUGUGCCUCCUUUAAAUCAGGAGUUCUUGGCAGAGUCCCCCUUUAUAUCGGGUUUCCAUCAGCUUUCUCCCUUACAUGAGAUGUCUCUGUCAGAGUGCCUCUAUCAGAGUGCCCCCUUAUAUCAGAGUCCCUAUCACAGUUCCCCCUUACAUCAGGGCCCCUAUCAGAGUGCCUCCUUACAUCAGCAUCCCUAUCAGAGUGCCCUCUUACAUCAGGAUCCCCCCUUACAUCAGGGUCCCCAUCAGAGUGCCCCCUUACAUCAGGGUCCCUAUCAGAGUGCCCCCUUACAUCAGGUGUCCCCAUUAGAGUGCCCCUUACAUCAGGUGUCCCAUCAAAGUGCCCCCUUACAUCAGAGUCCCCAUCAGAGUUUCCCCUUACAUCAGGUGUCCCAUCAGAGUGCCCCCUUACAUCAACUGUCCCCAACAGAGUGCCCCCUUAUAUCAGAGUCCCUAUCACAGUUCCCCCUUACAUCAGGGCCCCUAUCAGAGUGCCUCCUUACAUCA